AUGUCAUUUACGAUAAGGCCAAUAGAGGCUACUGAUAAGGCUGAAUGGAAGGCAUUGUGGAGCAAUCCACAAGAUUCUUACAUGGAAUUUUACGAGGCUUUGGACAGAGUAUCUGAUAAGGCAACUGAGACGACGUUCAGCAGGUUCCUUGACGAAAAAGAGCCAGUCUACUGUGCUGUUGCUGUUGACGAGUCGGGCAAAGUAAUUGGUUUUGUGACUUACAUCACCCACCGCAAUACUUGGACCGUGGAAGAUGCUUUGUACAUCCAUGACUUGUAUGUUAGCACAAAGUCAAGACUCAAGGGUGUUGGACGUGCCCUUAUUGAAUUCUGUUACAAGGAAGCGGACAGGUUCAAUUGUCCCAAGUGUUAUUGGAGCACGCAGUUUGAUAACCACAGAGCUCAACUCUUGUAUACAAAAGUUGGUAAGAAGUCUGGUUUUCUCAUCUACCGCAGACCUUGA